CUGCAUUAUCAUUCCAUACUAUAAACCUUUAUAGUUUGAUCCAACUACAUUGAAAUUCUCCCAUAUCCGUCAGCCACAUGGACACCUUGGAGGAAGUAUCACCUGUUAGCCGAUUUCGGCCCACGGGAGAAAAAAACACGAGUGGGUUCGAUCCCCAAACAGGGAUCUACCACUCGUUGUUGCAACUUGGGACCAAUAACAAGAUCCCGACCACUCCUUACCUCGAUACAGCUACAUUUGUGUUGUCACAGUUCCCAAAAUCAGACCAAGCCGAAUCACGAGUAGCUCUUAUCGACUUGGCUACAAACCAGCGAGCCACCUACGGUCAACUUAAACGAUCAAUCUACUCGUUAGCAACCGGGUUGCACCACGGCCUCGGCAUCCGUAAGGGGGAUGUCGUCUUUUUGUUAUCACCAAACUCAAUCCUCUACCCAACCAUAUGUCUAGCCGUGUUUUUAAUCGGUGGGGUCCUCACCACGGCUAAUCCACUUAACACCAAGUCAGAAAUAACCAAACAAGUGCUCGACUCGGGUGCGACAUUGGCCGUUGUGGCUCCCGGGGAGGAGCAUAAGUUGGUGUCAACUAAUGUACCUAUCCUACUGACCUCUCGUCCCUCUAGCGGGGACGAGUUGUCUGUAGAAGAACUUAUCGACGGCUGUGAGCCGAUGGAGUUGCCCGAAACCCGGUCAGCUCAGUCGAAUACGGCGGCGAUACUGUAUUCCUCAGGGACGACCGGGGUGAGUAAAGGAGUCGUUUUAACACAUGCAAAUUUCAUUUCAGUCAUGACACUCUUAAAAUGGUCAGUCGACAACAUGUCGGCUAACAACGAUGUUUUCUUAUGUUUCAUACCGAUGUUUCAUAUCUAUGGUCUCGCGUUUUUCGGUUUGGGGUUGUUUUGUUCGGGUACUACAACGGUUUUAAUGAAAAAAUACGAGUUUCAAGGUAUGUUAGAGGCUAUACACACUCAUAAAGUCAACAACAUUCCGGCGGUUCCUCCGGUGAUACUAAGUCUGGUCAAACAUGAUGGAGGUGGGUAUGAUUUAUCAUCUUUGAGACGGGUGGGGUCUGGAGCUGCACCGUUGAGUAAGGAGUUGGUGGAUCGGUUCAGGGCCAGGUUUCCAUGGGUGGCUCUUAGGCCGGGGUAUGGGCUGACCGAGAGCUGCGGGGCAGCGACUUUAUUUGUUAGUAAUGAAGAGGCGAAGACUCAUCUGGCUGGUUCGGGCGGUUUGCUACCGAGUUUUUGUGCUAAGGUGGUUGAUUUUGAAACGGGGGUUGCUAUGCCGCCUUAUAAGGAAGGUGAAUUGUGGCUGAAGGGACCCACUGUGAUGAAAGGUUAUUUGGGAAAUGAAGAGGCCACGGCUGCAACUAUUAACUCGGAUGGGUGGUUGAGGACUGGAGAUCUUUGUUAUUUUGAUGAAGAUGGGUGUCUUUAUGUUGUUGAUAGGAUAAAGGAGCUCAUUAAACAUAAUGGUUAUCAGGUAGCUCCAGCAGAACUUGAAGCCGUACUAUUGAGCCAUCCUGAAAUACUGGAUGCAGCAGUCAUACCACUUGAAGAUGAAGAGGCAGGAGAGAUACCCAUGGCAUACGUGGUGAGAGCAGCUGGAUGUCAACUCAGUGAAGACCAAGUUAUUAAAUUUGUUGCCAGUCAGGUGGCUCCAUUCAAGAAGGUGAGGAAAGUUUCCUUCAUAAACGAAAUACCAAAGUCUGCUGCAGGCAAGAUAUUGCGAAAGGAUUUAGUGGCACAAAGCAAACAGAAACUCAAAUCCAAGCUUUGAUCACC